AUGGAAAAUCUAAAUUGGUUGAGACUGAUCCUCGCCAGCCUUCUGCUGGCUCUGGUCUGCGCGGAGUCAAUGUCGAGGUCCAAUGCCACGUCCAGCAGUCGCGUUACCUUUAUGCACGAGAAGACCCAUUUCCUGCACCGCCAGAAGCGUUGGCUCACCUUUGAACUGGGCGCGUCUCUAACGAUUACAGCCAACUGUGCCAAGGCCAUUCUGUCGACCAUACCCAGAGGCAUGAUUUUCUUGGGUGAGGCCACGAGUAUCUACGAGCUACCUGCGGCAGUUGAGGAUUGGAUACCCCGUCGUGUGGGUAAACCAAAAGUAAAACCAGCACCUGCACCACCACCGCCGCCACCGCCUCCUCCUCCUCCGCCGCCACCACCACCCCCGCCUUCGUCAGAAUAUGCUUUACAACCGCAAACUGUUGUUGUGCCCCUUAGUCCGACGGAUCCCAUACAGUCCUUCUACUUUGCCUAUCCGGAAGGCAUUCCCACACAGAACCGGCGCAAGUCCUUUGCCCAUCAAAUGCAGGCCGGCUGCCCGGCUUCGCAUCUGGUCAAGGACGUGUAUGGCACCUUCUACUGCCGGCCAUCGGCCAUGUCCCGACGCCUCAGACGUGAACUCCAGAGGAAUGGAGCCAAUGUGCUGAAUGACAGUCACAGUCCGCACAGGAUGCUCUUCGAUAUGGUCACUCUGAUAUCCACCAUGUAUAAUUACGAGCCGAAUUACUGCAUCAUGCGGACGCUGUGCGAGGCCCGUCUUCUGCUGGCACCCCCGGGGCUGACGCUCUUCCACGAUAUAUUCCGCAUAAUGCUGCGCCACGUACAUCCGGAGAUUGCCCAUAAGCCGAAAUAUCGGGAGGCCUUCACCACCGGGCACUCGCUUCACGAAUGCGCCAGUCUGUAUGGGCCGCAUUGUCGUCAAAGUUUUUUGCUGCUCGUUACGGAACCGUUUCGGGAGAAAAAUGCUGAUUAAAUAAAAUCGAAAUAAGGAAAACAUAUAAAUGAAUUUAUUGAAUACGGAAUCAGGACUCCAGUUCAUGGAUUGUAAGGAAGCGUAUUAAAAUCGAUAUUUCCUCACAUAUUGGCAAAAUAAAUUUGGGUAAUUUUUCCUGCAUCAAAAUGAAAGGAAAUAAAAAUA